AUCGUAAUUAACUAUACAGUUAGGUUACACCAUAUGUAUUAUGGCUUUUAAACAAACGAUAAAAGGAGUUAGUGGAAGUGCCUCAACAAAUGUAAUAACGAGUUUAUCGGAUGGUCCAAAUCCAGCGAUCAAAAAAAUGAAUUCCGAUCUUUUUAUAAUGACCUAUGGUUCAUUUGUUACACAAUUAAUGAAGGAUUUUGAGAAUGAUGAGGAAGUCAACAAACAAUUGGAUAAAAUUGGUUAUAAUAUUGGCAUAAGAUUAAUAGAUGAUUUAAUAGCAAGAUCCUUGAGUACUUCCACACCUAUCAUUAAUAAAUGCCAUGAUAUGAAAGAAACUGCAGAUGUAUUAUCCAAAAUUGGGUUUAAAACUUAUCUUAAUAUUGUGCCUACUAUCACAAAUUUUAUUGUGGGUGCAAAUGGAUACCAAGAAUUUUCUUUAGUAUUUGAAUAUAAUCCCUUAGCAGACUAUGUUGAAAUUCCAGAUGGUAAACAUGAUAAAUUGUCAUAUUCAAAUGUUAUAUGUGGUAUUAUACGUGGGGCUCUAGAAAUGAUGCAACUAGAAACAUCUGUUUAUUUUGUACAAGAUACACUACGUGGAAACAGCACAAAUGAAAUUAAAGUUAAGCUUUUAAGGAAAAUUGAAGAUUCUAUGCCAGCUUCUGAAGAUUAAAAUAUUUUAUAUUAUAAUUUUUUUAUAUGUCAAAUAUAUGUA